CAAAUACCACAUGCUUCGCAGUGCUGCUAUCAAUGUCAUCAGGCAUCUCGGUGUUGUCGGCGAGUGUAACAUUCAGUAUGCACUUAACCCCAAUUCCAAGGAAUACUGUGUCAUUGAGGUUAAUGCUCGUUCAAGUCGCUCAAGUGCCCUGACGUCUAAAGCUACUGGUUAUCCGCUUGCCUACACUGCUGCUAAAAUUGCCCUCGGGCAUACCCUUCCAGAACUGCCCAACGCGGUGACUAAGACGACUACAGCUUACUUUGAGCCUUCUCUCGAUUACAUUGUCACUAAGAUACCUAAGUGGGAUCUCGCAAAGUUUUCAUUGCAGGUCAACCGCGAAGUUGGGUCCUCAAUGAAGAGUGUUUGGGAGGUCAUGGCUAUUGGUCGCACAUUCGAAGGCUACCUGUGCUGA